UUAGCUACAUAUUAUUUACCUCAUUUUUAGCUACAUAUCUUUAACUAAGAUGUUGCAUCACAUAAUUUUAUGUUCAUUUUUGUUCCUGCUGUGUGGGCAAGCAUCAGAAUGUAAAAGUGACAUCAAAGCUGGAAAUUAUCUUCCUAACUGGGAUUCUUUGGAUAAGCGACCACUGCCAGUUUGGUAUGAUGAAGCAAAGGUCGGCAUCUUCAUUCACUGGGGUGUAUUCUCUGUUCCAAGUUUUGUUAGUGAAUGGUUUUGGUGGUAUUGGCAAGGCACCAAGCAAGCUGACUGCGUAGACUUCAUGGAAAACAAUUAUCCGCCUUCAUUCCAAUACGCUGACUUUGCACCAGAAUUUACAACAGAGUUUUUCAAUCCAAAUGAUUGGGCAGACUUAUUCAAGACUUCAGGUGCUGAAUAUGUUGUGCUUACCAGCAAACACCAUGAAGGUUUUACUAACUGGCCAUCAGCCAAUUCAUGGAACUGGAAUUCUGUUGAUGUUGGACCUCAUCGUAACUUGGUGAAGGAACUCGCAGAUGCUGUUAGAAACCGAACAUCCAUUCACUUUGGUUUGUAUCAUUCAUUGUAUGAAUGGUUCAACCCACUGUACCUCAAGGACAAAGCAGAUGGAUUCAAAACCCAGGAAUUUGUCUCAUCAAAGACAAUGCCAGAACUUUAUGACAUCGUAAACAAUUAUAAACCUGAUGUUCUUUGGUCUGAUGGAGAUUGGGAAGCAAGUGCCGAAUAUUGGAACAGCACCAACUUUCUUGCGUGGCUGUAUAACCAAAGUCCUGUGAAGGACACGGUUGUAACAAACGACAGAUGGGGCCAAGGUGUCAUGUGCAAACAUGGUGGUUACUUUACGUGCAGUGAUCGUUACAACCCCGGCAAGCUUCAACCUCGUAAAUGGGAGAAUGCAAUGACUUUGGAUAAGAAAUCAUGGGGUUACAGAAGAAAUGCUGAGCUCAGUGAUUAUUUAACUAUUGAAGAAUUGCUUCAGACAUUAGCCACUACUGUGAGUUGUGGGGGAAACUUACUGGUGAAUAUCGGGCCUUCGAAAGAUGGGACAAUUCACCCCAUAUUUGAGGAAAGACUUAAACAAAUGGGUGAAUGGUUGAAUGUUAAUGGGGAGGCUGUUUAUAAAAGCCAACCCUGGAAACAUCAGAAUGAUUCUUUAACACCAGGUGUAUGGUAUACAACCAACCAGAAUAAAGUUUAUGCUUUUGUUUUCACCUGGCCUACAUAUGGGUUGUUGAACCUUGGAUCCCCUGUUGCCACCUCAGAUGCUUCAUCUGUUAAACUACUUGGAGAAGAAUCCAGUCUUACAUGGGAACCGUUGAAAUCGGCAGGGGUUGGUAUUUAUCUACCAGUGAUAAACCCUUCUACUACAAAUGCAAAGUGGCUUUAUGUGCUUCAACUUACAGGAUUUGUGUAAAAAAUAUAAACCUUAUAUUCUAUAUUGAUUUUCUGUAGAUUUGAAUAAUAUUUUUUGUAGAUUUAUAAUAAUGAAAUAGAAGAAUCAUAGGCGCCAAACCUCAUAAAAGCAGGGAAGCCCGGGAUAGUUAGACAUGCAUUUAUAUGAAACAAAUCUGGUUUUCAGUGUUUAUAAAUACAAAAUCCCGACUAAGCCCGUCUCCCCAGGUUUGAAACCUAUGAUUAGUUUCCUGAUUUUUGCAGUUUUCGAUAGUGUAUGCAACAUUGAUCAAGUCAUUGUGGUUUAGUUUUGUUACCAAUUACAUGAUUUGCGUAGAGAUUAUCACACUUUUGAUUCUGUAUUGAUUUUUUUUCAUUUUUGGUUGGUAUGUGUAACUUUAAUUAGGUCUGUGUUAUUGUGAUUUUUUGAAAGGAACUAUAAAAUUUUGUAACCUAUUUUCUUAGCUAUAUGUACUUAGGUCUAAAUACAACAUAGUAAUUACAUCUUUUCAGAAUUCAUUCCUGUAUGAUCAUGCAUGUCUAUAUUUGUCACUAUCCUUAUUAUUUGUAUCAUGUAUAUGCAUCUAUGCUAUGUAGGUGAGGUCUUUUUUCAGGACCUGGGAUUCAGGCCAGAUUUGGUCCAUUACCCUAUAUAAUAUAAGUUCACUACACUACUGACAUGGUAUCUUGGUGUGUAUAACUUUUAUUGUAAAAUUGCCUUUAAAUCAAACGCAGUAUACUAAAAUCACUUUUCAAUAUACAGCAGUGCAAGUUG